GUUUUGACCUAAACUAAAGUCCUCCAGGCUCCAACGCUCCAGGGUCCAGCCCUCUUGCUCACGUCGUCCUUCUCGGUUCGCUCUCUCUUCCUUUCUCUCAGCCUCAGGUCUCUCGCCAUAUCCCUCUCAUCAGUCUCAGAUCCUCUCUCUGUCCGCUGGAAGAGGAUAUAGAUUUUCCAUAUUUCAAUACUGCUUUUGAUUGGAACUUCCAUUAAUUACCUUCACUGAUGCUCCGACGAAGAUCUUUAGGGUAACAGCAGCUUCAAACCGCUUUCUUUGUUCCUUUGCAGCGAGAUUCUAAGAAUUUUAUUCUCAUUAAGUGAGAAUUUGUGAGUAUAGUGAAACACCAGAAUGUUUUGAAGGAGCCAGCAUGGAAGAUCACUAUUCUGUUAGUAGUCCUAGAAGAAUCCUUAGUUUUUCAAAGAGAAGGAGGGCAACUGUAUACUUUCAAGACCCCAAUGACAAGGCUGCUGGCUUCGGAGUGUCUGGGGAGCAUGGACUAAAAACUUCGGAAGUUUAUGGUUUUGUUGGGUCCAUUACAACUAUUGUUGCUACAGUUAUUUUCUUGGUAUGGGCAUACGUUCCUGAACCUUGUUUGCACUCAAUUGGGGUCUUUUACUAUCCCAACAGGUACUGGGCAUUGGCCAUCCCAACUUAUGCUAUGGUUACAGUAGUACUAGCACUUGCAUUUUACCUUGGCCUCAACUUCUUGUCAACCCCUCCCCCAACUUCCUUGAGUACAAUUUUUGAUGAAUUCAGCAGGGAGCCUGCUGAGUCUGUUCCUUUGACUGAGGGAGAUGAUCAGCCCAUUGAACCCAUAUCUGAUAUCAGUAUUGAUAAAAUUAACAUUCUCAUGUUCAAGAAUGUACAAUGACGGAUCCACCCCUGGAUGGGUCUGCUCUGCCUCAUCAUUGCCUGCCUUCUUCCAGUUUGUAAGGAAUUAAAUGACCAUUACCCAGAAGAACAAGAGCCAUUUGCCUUUGGAAUCUAAAGCCUUGGCUUUCAUACAGGAUUUGAACAUCAGCCUGCAUCAUGCUUCUAGUCCAGGAUGAAAAGUAAGAACAGGUGAUGAAAGUUUGACAGGAUUUUGGCCAACUACUGUAUAGGCAUUCUAUGUAUGUAUGUAUGUAUGUAUGUAUGUUGCAUUGUAGAAUUGGUGAUUCCAAUAAAUCCUGAUGAAUAUGAUGGUGCUGUGAGAUGAAUCUUGGAUUAA